GAGGAGAGGAACAAAGGCAGAGGAGACGGGGAGAGAGUGAGAGAAAAGGGGGAAGAAUUAAAAAAACAAAAAGUAUCCCUCCCUUACACUUAGGGGAGAUACAGAGACAAAGAAGAGGGAGGGUUGUGGAGAGGUUGCGGAGUGUGGAGAGCGAGGCAGCGGACGGGAGAUAGUUAAGAGGAACUGCAAGACUGAUCAAUGAGAGGCUGAGAUUUCGGGAAGAAAUUUCGACUCAGCAAGAAAGAGGGAGAGAGAGAGAGAGAGAGAGAGAGAGAGAGAGAGAGAGAGAGAGAGAGAGGGGAAGAGGGAGGGAGGGAGUCAAUGACAAGGAAAGAUUGAUGAAUGAAAGAUGGGAGCAAAUCAUAUGGAGAGAAAAAGACUUAAGGGGAGAAAUAUUUAAAAGGGAGACCAAGAGGGAGGCAAGAUUUUUUUCUUUUCUUUUUGAGAAAAUAAUUUAAAAAAGCAGUUAGACAACAACAAGAAGAUGAGAGCAGAAAGAGGGUGAAAUAUUUAAAAAGAGACAGAAGCUAAGGGGAGAGAAGGAAGAGUGAAACAUUCAAAAACUUAGAGAAGAGAGGGAAUAAAUCAGAGCAGUGGUGGAGGAGAGGAGGGGAGAAACUCCUCCUUUUCUUAUUUCUUCUGUCCCUCCUCUACUUUAUAAAACAAGAGGAGAGCCAACAAUAAGGAGAGCCGGAGAGACUUGAGCCAGAAAGAAGAAGAAGCAGACUUUCUUUCUUUUCUUCAAAAGUCCAGAUAGACAUUUAAGUCCACGAAACCCAGUGAAAUGCAAUGGCGUGCUACUACAUUGUGAUCAGUUCCACCCACCUGCGUGACGGACAGCUGAGGAGCAUCAAGGGGGUGUUCAGAGGACCAAUAGGAACCAACGGACAGAGAAACACGGAGGAAGGGGACUCCAGCUUCUACUGCGAGCUUUGCGAUAAGCAGUACGUGAGACACCAACAGUACGACAACCACAUCAACUCCCACGACCACCACCACAAGCAGCGCCUCAAGGAGCUGAAGCAGAGGGAGUUUUACAGAGCGCUGGCCUGCAGGACGCAGAGGAGACGCAGGGAGGAGAGGAGGGAGGAGAGAGCGCUGAGGAGGCUCCGCAAGCAUGAGGAGAGGAGGACGGGAGAGUGUGCCCCAGGUUCUGGUCCCAUGUUCCGGUCCACCACAGUGGCGGUCGAACCAGCAAACCAGACCGGACCGGAAUUUGUGCAAAACUGGGGCGACGUCCAUAAUAGCAGCGCCUCACUGGGAACAAAGCCUCAAACCCCGCUGAGCCAGCCCUUCCUUCCCCUCGACCCGGCACUGGAAACCAGACUCCUGGGCGACACACCGUGGGCGUUCGACCCGAUGGACUCCAACGGCGCGACGACUCCUGCUGCUGAACCCCGCGUCCUCAACGAGACUCAAAUGGACUACAAUGACCUGACCGCCAACAACACAAUUUCAACGAAAAACAGCCACUUUAACAAGAUCCCAUGGGCUCAUAAUUAUUCAAGCCACGCCAUUACUCCCGAUAACACAACUACCACGAACACCGCCACUAAUGCCUCCAUUUUAAACAAAACCACCGCCCCCGACAUCAGCAUCAACAGAGCGGCGUGUGGACCAAACGUCCAGUCCAUGCGUAGCAGAGUCCGCCCCGUGUCCUUCUCGCUGCCCAAAAGGAGCUGUGUCCUCCUCCACCAAUCGGCCGCUGUCUUCAUCCAAGCCGGGCGGGGCUCCGGUUUGUCAGGGAAGCAAGACGGUGCGACGGCGCAGGAAAGAGUCAAAGACCUGGGAGAGAAAGUGGCGGAUCAGCAGCUCAGAUCUCCAGUAUCUGCAGACGUGGAUGUUGCAGGUGCGGGUCACUUGGACACUGGAAACCAGUGCAGUGUGGACCUUAAAACUGCAAUCCAGCACUCUGAGGCUGGAGCCAAUAUGUCUACUGAGAGGGGAACUGGAGGACUCUCUGGGACUGGAGCCCGGGUUUCUUUAUGUAAUCGCAAUGUGAUCAGAAUUGAGGGCUCUGUGAUCAGUGGGAAUGGAGCCCAGCUUUCCUUAUGUAAUGACAAUGGGACUGGAGCCCAAGUCGGCAGUGAAAGUGGGACUGGAGCUCAUCUUUAUUUAAACAGUGGGACACUGGGACAGAUUUCUGACAGUGUAAGCACAGUUGUGGCUAAAGAUUCAGUACGCAGAGACAAUGAGGCUGACACCCAUGACGAUGAGAUAACCCCUACUCCAGAAUCAAAAUAUCUGCUUUGUCCCACUACAAAUCAGCCUGAAAAAACAACUGGUGUUUUAAAUGAGACCAAAGAGUCUUUAAUCCAAACACAUCCCAAAGAAUCAAACUCUUGUCCGUCAAACGCGCCUAAAGAAUCAACUUCUUUGCCUCCGAAUCGUCCCAAAGAGCCGUUUUGUCGCGUCCUGAGCCGAGAUGGCAGCCGGGUUCUUCUCUGGCCCUCGGAGAUGGUCAGCUACACCAAGACAUCGCCCUCCAUCUCCUUCAGCAUCAACCCUCUGCUGUACGACUUCAGAGCGCAUAACAGGGCCAAGGAAGGGGGCGAGGAAAAGAAAGGAGGGCUGGAGGAAGGGAGGGAGAGAAUAAAGCGGUCUGUGAUCAAACAACCCGGCUGCCAACAGAGGCAGGAAGUUAUGGAGGGAGGAAGGGAGGUGAAGAUAGAUGAAAGGGAAGAAGAGGAUGAAGGAGGACAGGCAGGAAAUCCUAUGGAACUUGUAGCCCAUUGUAGCGGCGGCGACGCAGCUCCGGACCGCUGCGGUUGCCGUGAUGAAAGCGCUUUAAAAUUCGUUCCCGUCUCAGCAGAAUGCCACCUCGCACCGACGCCGGGCCUUCAGAAACCAGGCAGGAGGAGGAGGAGGAAGAGGAGGGGAGGGGUGAGGAGAGGAAUGAGGAAGAGGGGGAGGAGGAAAAGAGGAGAAGAGACAGACAGGAAAGACACUGGAAGGAGGAUAAUAGGUACUGAGAAUCAGAUGUUUGAAGGGAGAGGAGACGAGAGGUUGAGGAGAGAGGGCGCCGAAAAAGAGGAGAGGAGGGAAAAGGCGCUAUUAAGUAAUCUCGCAGCGCAUCGGCUGGUGGGAGGGAGAGAAAAGAGGAUGAGGGGGGAAGAGAGGGGGAUAAGAGGGGAUCAGGCGGAGCGAGAGAGGGCAGGUCGAAAUGACGAGAAGAGAGGAGAGCUAUUAAGUAAUCUUCCUGUGAAUCGGUGUAAUCGGUGUAACCAGCUGUGUCUGCAGGUGAACAGGGAGGCCAGACAGCAUCAAUCCCAGCAAUCAGCCUCCGGGUGGGGCCGGGGGCUCAGAAAGCUCCUCUGUAGGGGUGCAGCAUGCAACUCAGUGAUUAGCCCCGUCCCCGGGUCUGUUACAGAGCCGGGGACAGCCCCAUGCUGUCCCGCAAUUACGCCCGACCCUGCUCAGAAUGAUGGAGAGACGGGGGAGAUGCACAAAAAUACACAAGCGGGGAAGCAGGAAGGGCAGAGAGACGAGGGGCAGAGAUAUCCGAGGAAGACGGAGAUAAGAGCUGUUCAGGAAAACGCGUGUAACCUGGUGAUUAGCGGCGAUUCUUUUCCCCGCCGUGAGGCGCAAAUUCAUCUUGUUCCCGCACCGCGCGGGGAAACAGCGUGCGAUCCGGCGAUUAGCCUCAUCCCCGCUCCCUUCAGAGGAACAGCGUGUGGUCAAAGACAAACAAUACCUGCAGGACACGGACGUGCCGCCUCGGGCUCGACCCCACGCUGCUCCGCACGACAGGCAGAAGCACAACCGAGAAUCGGAUCAGCCCGCUCCGACACAACCCUCGCUGGCCAUGCGAUUACAAAGGAGGUGGUGUCGGAGGGAGCAGCAGCCGCCAACAAGAGGAAGACGGACUCGUUCGAGGCCGGGGAAACACCGAGGAAGAAACGGAAGAGGGGAAGGAGACAAACGAGGAGAGUCGCUUGUGCUUUGAGGCAGGAGGGAGCUUGUGUUGGGUUGACCCCUGACCUCGGCGUAGACGAGGUCCUCAAAAAACCCAAAGCCAACAAGACUGGGACACUUCUGGACAGCUGCAUGUGCAGUCCAGAGGAAAACACUGACUGCCAUUUUCUUUGCAGGACAAAACUCAGUCUGUGUCAUAAAACGAAUAAUAACAGUGAGGGAACAUUUAGCUGUAAUGCCACUGACAAACCGAAUAACUACUGCGGCCGCCAUGACGGCAACAGCAAUGCCUCCGUAAGCGAGGGAAAGAGGAAGUGCUGGACUGAGAAACCUUUCAGCGACUCUCACACCUGUAACCACGAUCAGUGUGAGGAAAAGUGCAACAGGGACGAAAAACACGAGGACUCUACUCGUGACAAUCACAAACUGAGCCGCAGCGUGACGGACAAAGACGAGGACCGUCCUGCCGAUCACCUGGACAAACUCGACUCAGCCGACAAGAGUGACGGACCUACCUGCGACACCGUGAACACACCCGUGGACUUGUUUACCUGUAGCACCGCUGAUGAUGUGCAUGCUGACCACUGUCAAUGUGAAAACAGGCAGCCGCAGAGCGAAAGCACGUCCGCUCACAAAGAUCAAACGGGUGAUCUUUGUGUGCAAACUGCAGCUCAGAGCUCCGAGUGUAGCGACCGUAGAACCGAUGACACACGUCACAAGUGUGAUCAUAACCAAGCGAAUAUCAAAAGUAAGGUCAGUGAGGAGGGUGAAACCAAACCGCAGCGUCACAUUCGGCACAAAAGCAACCACUCUGAUUCAAUUGAUUCCAAAAGCUGCAGCGGUAUUGAUCAGGGACAUGGAGACGGCUGUGAUGAUAUUGACGGUGGUCAGCGUGAUUGUCUUAACAGUAAUCAUGUCGCUGAUUGCAAUCGCUGUGCAGAUGUUGUUGUUGUUGAUGGAAACGGAGCCGGUGUCGCACUCGUGAGCGCACUUGUGGAGCGGGGGGAUGCCGAGAGGGAGAGGAGGGAGGAGGAGGAGAGGCAGGCGGAGAGGAAGAAGCUCAAGGAGAAGCGGGCAGAGUGGGAAAAGGAGUGGGUGAGGAGAAAGGAAAGGGAGGACAUGGAGAGAAGGAAGGAGGUAGAGUUCGAACACCUCUACGCAGAGAAAAGGCCUUGUUUCCCCCGCGCCCUCCCCACGCAGUGCAUCCCGCUCCACGCUCCCCUCCUCCUCCCACCUUCCUCCUCGUCCUCCUUCUCCUUCCGUCACACCAUCAUCCAGCACCUCUCCCUCCUCCCGCAUCCGUCGCACCUCCCCAUGCACUCAUACCCACAUCUCCUCCCCUCUUUCUCCCCUCUCACUCCUCCACCACCACCACCACCUCCUCCCCCUCUUCAUCCCUCUUUUUACUCCUCCUCCCCCAUCCCUUUCCUUGAUGCCUCCGGUCCUUAUCCCUUAGCGACGGCGUUCCAUCCCAUGCAGAGUCACCACCCGUCUCUGUAUCCCCCGCCCCAUCCUGCAGUCCUGCCCUUACAGGUGUUGUUCUAAAAAUCAUAUUAAAAAGAGAAGCUAAGAAAUAGACAAAUUAAAGGUACAUUCUCCCAUUUUCUCAAUGAACCAGUUGUCAGCUGGGUGAGAGCAGCUUGCAUGCGUCAUUACCUGCAUACUCGAGGCCGGGAUGAAAUGCGAGGGUUAAGAAUUAAGUAGAAAAACAAAAGGCGUUGUUUCUUAAAGCCAAACCUCAUCACCCCGUCCAAACACUCAAAGCGCUGAUUCACAUGUGUGAAAAAAAAGAUGGCUAAUUAUCUUCAUCAGUUGCAAUCCUGCUGGAAAUGAGCCUCAGGUGUGCAGCCAGUGGAAUCGUGGCGGGGAUACACAGCUGGGCUCGUUUUCCCUCUGCAGAAAAUCAGUCGACGCUCCUGGUUAGCAUCUUUUAAACCAAUGAUUUGCUCCGUUUCAACGCACGUUGAAAAAAAACUGUGGUUUGAGACUUUUAAGGACAAAUUCCGUCUGCAGAUAUCUUCAAUCUGUGAUAAUAAAUGCAGGAUUUCUUUUCUUGUUGAGAUUUACAUUUUUCUCCCCUGAGAGUUUCUACUUCAGUUGGUGAUUUUCCUACUUUUCCCCUGAGUGACUUUCUAGACAGAUGUGAACUCCAUGCUCUCAGCUGGAGGUUAUUAAGAGCUGAACUCCUGCAUGACACGUGAAGCUAUAGGCUCUGUUUUGCUAGCCCCGGUCAGGAAUAGAGGGUGUCGAAAAACAGUUAAAACAAGACCCUGGGGUUUCAUGUCCAAAAUGAUUAUUAAAAAUGAAUAUAUCUACUUCUAGUGCCUCAUCAUUUUAACAAAGAAAAAAACAAUCAUUUUGUCAACAAACAUCUCUGAACAGCACAUUCAACCGUAUAGCUUAAAUAAAGCUCAAACUACAGAAUAGCCAUUCUUCACAGUAACAAGGUGAUUAAAUCAAGUUGGUUCUUGGUGCACUGAUGAUGGACAUCGCACUGUAAGGAAAUCGAGAACCUGCUCACAGCUGGAAAAAAAUGAAAUGCUUCAGGAACAAUUGAGAAAAAUAACGAAAAAUAAAUCCUCGCUGGCAUUUUAAAGUGGCAGUUUGAUUGACGUCCAAUGGGGCAACUCUUGUGUAAUUUUCUGUUAUUAUAAAGUACAUAAAAAGUAGAACAUGCUGUAUUAGUCUGUAGCAUAAGAAAUGGGGUGCAGCCUGUGUGUUUCUGCUGCAUACAGGCCUACUGAUGCUGUCAUUGGUGUAUAAAUUGUCUCUCAGCCUCUUCUGAAGUGUAUUUCUCCCUGUGUGAGAGCUGAACGUCGGAGCGAAAUGUUAAGUUUGAAAUAAAGCCUUUGCUCUUUGAUUUUGAGGGACUGACUCCAGCGUCUGACCUUUACUCCUGACGUUUUAGACUGUUGAUUUUCUGCGAUCUCGCCCGAUUUGCAGCCUGCACUAAAAAUAUCCCAAGCGUGGUGGAUAACUUUACAUUUAGUGACUCAUGCAAGGAAACAAAAGGCCAAAAUAAAACACACACAGAGAAAGAGAGAGUGAUUCAGCAUCACACCCGGCUUCAACAGGGCCGUGUCCCUGUGAGAGGCACACGCAGAGAUGAGGAAGAUGGGAGGAUUUGAUUGUCAGGUAAUCACAAAACAAACAUCCACCGGUUGUCGUUCAUCGCUCGCUUUUGUUGCAGGUUGACAGGUGAUUUAAAUUUCUUUUUUCACACAGUGUCUCGCGACAAAAUAACACAGAAGCAAAUCUCGGUGCUUCAAGAAUUCAGUCGCAUUCUUUCAUUCAUAUGCAGGAGGUUCAAAGCGUGUUCUCCUCGCGGCCCCUCAGGGUGGAUUUCUUUUCCUUUUAAAAGCUAAGGUAUUAGGACAAAAGCCACAUGUGAGUAAGUGUGGAUUCACCCUUCUUCUUUCUCCACAUUCUCCUCUUCUGAGUCUCACUUUGUGUCAUUGAGUGCAGCAGGAUUACCUGGCAAUUAACAAAACAUCCAGAGAGCCUGCGUGACGCUCAAGACUUUCAGAGAUGUGAAUGCAUGUAGUAACGACAAGGGGACUGCAGAGUAACUCCCACACUUAUAACAAACACAUUGUUAUUCUCUCUCGCUCCUCUGAAGAUGAACAUCUGGCUGCGAUGGCUUUGGGGCAUAACUGGCUGCGCCUAACCAUCUCAGCGACUACAGAUUAUUCCUGCGCAGGCAGCAAUGACAAACAAACAAAUGCAAAUAUGCAUGAAAAUUAAACGACAAGGAGCAGAUUUUGUGGGCGGAUCGCCUUCCUCGCUCUCACUCAGACUUUCAGGCGUGCACAAGUAAAACACGGUUGGUCGUAUAUUGAUCCCAGCCGCCUGGACACACACGCCUGGAUGUUUACAGCAUCACAGUUUUCAGUUGCUUUCAGCUGUGGUGUUUAUGAACAGGUAGCGACAUGAAACCUAUGACGUCUUCUACUCAUAGCUCAGAGUGAAAGAAAGAAAAUAAACACCAGAAUCCUAUUUAGCUGGUGUGACAGUGCUCACGCGGCAACUUGUUCUCUCCCCGUAGCUCCGUCCCACGAGGGGUUUGAAACCAUACGUUCCCCAUGAACGUCGUUUUUAUUUAUUAUUGUGAUAUAACUGUAAAUUAGAGAAGAAAAAAAAGCUGUUAUUAGAUGUAUUUUUGUAGAGAGACCUCAGUUGAAUGAGGCACAGUUUUUUGUAUCAUGAUGCUAUUUUAGCGACACACUCAUUUGUCCUCCUGUUCAGCUGUUGUACAGAAGUUCUUUAAAGUCCUGAUAAUCAAUGGAUGGGUUUAGAAGAUCUGCAGUUUCCAGUUUUGCCUAAGAAAUGUCUUGAGAUCCUGAUAAAUUAAUAUUUGGCUGCAUUUUGUGGUGUAAUUAAACAGAAUUGUAUCCACAGAUAUUAUCCCUGCAAAUAUAAAAGAUCUAGUAAAUCCAUCAAAACAAAUUACUCUGAAAAUGGAAAUAAAUUAGUAGACUUGAUAUCAGUCUUGUUGUCACUGUUUUGUUCUUUUACUGAGAAAAAAAACUGAAAAUUACUUUCGUAAAAAAGUCAAUUAUCAGCAGACAAAUGUGUGAAUCACCACAUACCUGUAACUUACCGUGUGUGUAAAAUAAAGAGUUUGGAGCUCC